AUGUGGAAAGGGUCACUACUGAGCAACAGGUGGUCACAGAGGUGGAUGUACAGGGGAAUCUUACCAAGCUUAAAGACAUUGAAGUACAGUUGCAGGUGGUGCAUGAGUCGUUAGUUGCAAGCAAGACAGCUAAGGAAAAUGAAGCAGAAGAGCACGCUCUUUUGCAGGCUAGAAUAGAGCGACUUACAUCUCAGCUGUUGCAAUUAUUGAGUCAAUGCGAAGACCCGGAGGAAGAUGAAGCUAAACAGGAGGGUCCACCGGUGACUAUCCAUGAACCACAACAAGGGCCCUCAGCAUUUCAUUCUAUUCCUGAAUCCCUUACGAAUAAACCCCUCUUUUCCACUUCGGACAAUGUUCCUUGGGAGCCCCAUGCGGGACCCUCCCGACUACAUACCCCAAUACCUCAAACCAUGCAACCGAACCUUAUUUCGCUGGGAGAAGUGCUCAAUCGUCUCGUUGAGUUUCAAGCGGGAGCGGAAAUGAGGAACACAAGACUCCUGGACAAAAUUGGAGAGGCACUUCUUAGUGGAACUCAAAAUCAUAACCACGCACUCCCAAGACUACCAACCCUUUCCCUUCCUGAGUUUUCUGGUGAAUAUACUGCAUGGCAGCAUUUCAAGGACAUGUUCACCACCAUGGUAGACAGAGACAGUAGACUAAGUCACGUCCAAAAAAUGCAAUACCUUAUGAUGUCGGUGAAGGGAACUGCCAAGCGACUGAUUGAGGAUUUGGCGGUGUCAGCAGACAAUUAUGCCGUUGCUUGGAACGUGCUUUUGUCACACUAUGAAGACCAGGCUGCCGUUGUUCACCACCAUGUCCAGAAGUUCUGCAAGAUGGCAACGGUUACCAAUCCAACCCCGGCAAGCUUCAUGGAACUUUAUACCACAGCAAAUUCAGUGCUGAACUCACUGGAUGCCAUGAGCGUGUCUAGCAGAGAUCCAUGGGUCAUCUAUUUGUUGCUUAACAAACUUGAUCAGGAGACGAAAGUCUUAUGGUCUCGCGAGAUAACCAGCAACUCUCCUACCAUUCCAGAAUUCAUGCAAUUCUUAAAAAACCGCAUGAAAUCCAUUGAACGAUGUCACCCAAUAGUGUCCAAGGGAACCUCAGCUCCAACUAGACCGAGUUCAACAGUACCAUUUGGCACCAGGGGGUCCAACAGCACAGUCAUGGCAUCCACAUCCGCCAAUUCCACCGCUCGAUGUCAUGCAUGCAACCAAACAGACCACAAGAUUUUUAGAUGUCCCAUAUUUACAACAAUGGCUCCCAACGACCGCCUAGAAUUGAUUCGCAGCAAUAAACUCUGCCGCAAAUGUCUCACAGAUACUCAUCAGACCAAGGAAUGUACAUUUUUCGCAUGCAGGAAGUGUGCAGGACCUCAUAGUACGCUUCUUCAUGACGCAUUUGCGCUCGCUACUCCUCAACCAACAUUGAACACCGCAGCCGUAGCCACAGUUGAUCAAGUCGCCGAAGAUGACGACACACAAUCCCAGGGAUCUCAAACGCAUGAGAAUGUGGAGCAAUCAGCGGUGCUCGUUGGUUCGUCCACCUCCUCUAAGUCGGCCAGAAGAGUCUUCCUGGAAACGGUUGUAGUCAGAAUCCUCGAUAAACAUGGGAACCUGGUUCAGUGUAGAGCAUUACUGGACUCGGGUGCACAGGCAAACCUUUUGUCGCAAUCCUUUGCACAAAGACUGAAGCUGCCCUUCUCAGGCUCAGACACGGUGAUCGGUAGUGCAGGCGCAGGAACAACCCAAUCAAAAUAUGAAAUGAAAUGUGUGGUGAAGCCGCGAACCAAUCAGGAAGUUAGCCUCACACUGAUGUGUCAGAUUGUCCCAUCCAUCCUACAACAGAAGCUUCCUAAUUGGGAGGUUAACACCCAAGACAUUCCAAUCCCAGACGAACUGAUCCUGGCCGAUCCCGCAUGGCAUGUGCCACAGGGGAUUGACUUACUAAUAGGAAAUGAAUUCUACAAUGAUAUAUUAACCCACAAUAUAAUCCGUUUGGGCACCGGACUUCCGAUCAUGAAGGAAACCCAAUUUGGAUGGGUAAUUUCAGGAGCCCAUCGGAAUCAAAUGCCAGCUCAACAAACUGUAUGCAUGGCUGCCACUGUUUCAACACCACGGGAGGUUCUAUAUGCAGGUUCUCCAACGGUACCUCGUCAGUCUCCCAGUCAAAACCAGCGCCAUCUAGUAAACCCCAGACGUCAAUCACAAGACCUGAAAGAUGAGAUUUCUCCACGUCUCCACGGGAAAGUGACCCCAAGGGUCAGAUCCAAUCUAAACAUUUCACAUCACCAAGUUAUUAGGAACCCACCUGCAGAAUACAAGACAAGGACGAUAGUCAACACCAACUGGAAGUCACAUGGCGCUCUCUCGUUCAAGCUGAGAAGCGCAAGGCACAGAUUGUUAGCAUUUGGAGACAUCAGCAUUGUGCGUGGUGACGCAAACUAUCAAGCAAUCAGCAGCGCAAGAUGGAACCAGAAAGAUGCACAAUCUCUGGGAGCUCGUUGGCAGGAAGAUAACUCCCCAUCAUCAGUCAUGAUGGUUGAGGGACUAUCGCCCUCAGCAUAGGGCCCCCCCAGCAUGUUAACGCACUUUGCACACAAAAUUUGACAAACAUGCGUCACAAAAUAAAUUCCACACAGCAAUUAAAAGAAGAAGAAGAAGACGAAACAAAAACAAAAACAUGCCAAAACUGUCAGAGUCACUUCCGGAAAAAACCACACAAGGAAGACAAACGUGCCAACACAAAAACAAAGUGAAAAUUCCAAGUUUUCCUCCAAUCCAGUGAAUUUAGAAGGACGAAGAAGUUCAAAAAUUUUAUUGUCCUUCAACCCGGACACAACAUACACUCCACACACUCAUUACAGGUGACAACACAGCGCACACAACAGUCACACAACAUAGAUUCAACAUACACUCCACACACUCAUUACAGGUGACAACACAGCGCACACAACAGUCACACAACAUAGAUUCAACAUACACUCCACACACUCAUUACAGGUGACAACACAGCGCACACAACAGUCACACAACAUAGAUUCAACAUACACUCCACACACUCAUUACAGGUGACAACACAGCGCACACAACAGUCACACAACAUAGAUUCAACAUACACUCCACACACUCAUUACAGGUGACAACACAGCGCACACAACAGUCACACAACAUAGAUUCAACAUACACUCCACACACUCAUUACAGGUGACAACACAGCGCACACAACAGUCACACAACAUAGAUUCAACAUACACUCCACACACUCAUUACAGGUGACAACACAGCGCACACAACAGUCACACAACAUAGAUUCAACAUACACUCCACACACUCAUUACAGGUGAGUGGACA